AUGUAUUUAAAAUUAAUUUUUUACAUUUUCUUCUUGCUAAUUUUGAUAAACAUUUCCAUUGGGAUAAAAUGUAAAUGCCCUGAAAAUGGAAAGAAAAAACUGCGCCAUUCUCGAUUUAAGAGAAGUUCAAAUUGUAGCUGUUUGGGUAGUGGAGAACGCCAAGAUAAUUAUUCUGAAAAUGAGAGUUAUGAAACAAACACGGAAAGAGAAGCUUCUGGAGGUCAACAUAGAGUAAGUGAAUAUUCUGGAGAAGGGAAAGGAGAAGGUUUUGCUGUAGAAGAAGCAAGUUAUAGUAAUUAUGGCCAGGAAGGGACAAGUUAUGGGGGAGGAGCGUAUGAAGGAGAAAGUUCAAUGAGAGGGGAUUUGAGAACUUAUAAAGAUUCUGAGAUCGAAGAAGUUAAUGGAAAAAAGAAAGUUUUGUACAUUUGCGUUAAUUAUUUAUUUUCGCAUGUGCAAUUACAUGUAAAUUAA